CAUGUUUGCUUCAAGUUCAAGUCAAAAAAAGAGUCUAUAGUACAUCUUAUCUUAUCUCCAACAUCCUCAAAGAAAAUCUAAAGACAUUUCAUUCAUUUUGAUUCAGUUUGUAUCAUUAGAGGAUCCAAUUCAACACAAUGAAAAUAUGCAAUUUUUGCAUGUCACUAACAAUAGUUUUGGUGAUGAUCACAAACAUCAAUAUGGUGGUGAGUAAGAGACACAUUCCGACCACCCUUGAUGGUCCGUUUAAACCGGUGACUCGUCGGUUUGACUCAUCACUGCGAAGAGGCAGUGAUGACUUGCCUAUGACUCAUCCAAGGCUCAAAAUGAACGUUACUUUAAAUUUUCCUGAACAAAUCGCUCUCGCUAUUUCUUCACCAACUUCUAUGUGGAUUUCUUGGAUUACUGGGAAAUCACAGAUUGGUCUAAAUGUGACCCCACUUGAUCCUGCAUCUAUUGGAAGUGAGGUGUGGUAUGGAAAAAAGAGUGGAAAAUACACAAAUGUAGGGAAAGGUGAUUCACUUGUUUACUCUCAAUUGUAUCCAUUUGAAGGACUCUUGAAUUACACCUCUGGUAUUAUUCAUCAUGUCAAACUUGAAGGUCUUGAACCUGGAACUAGAUAUUACUACAAAUGUGGUGAUAGUUCUAUUCCAGCCAUGAGCCAAGAGAAUUAUUUCGAAACUUUCGCAAAACCUAGUCCAAAGAAUUAUCCUGCUAGAAUUGCAGUUAUUGGAGAUUUAGGCCUCACAAGUAAUUCUUCAACAACGGUUGAUCAUCUGAGUUACAACGAUCCUUCAAUGAUUCUAAUGAUUGGUGAUUUAACAUAUGCAAAUCAGUAUCUUACAACUGGUGGAAAGGGAGCUUCGUGCUUUUCGUGUGCGUUUCCAGAUGCACCGAUUAGAGAGACCUAUCAACCUCGUUGGGACGGGUGGGGAAGGUUUAUGCAGCCUUUGACCUCAAAAGUUCCAAUGAUGGUUAUUGAAGGGAAUCAUGAGAUUGAACCACAAGCUGAUGGGAUCACAUUCAAAUCAUACUUGACAAGAUUUGCCGUUCCUGCUGAAGAAAGUGGCUCUAAAAGUAACUUCUUCUACUCUUUUGAUACUGGUGGCAUACACUUUAUCAUGUUGGGAGCAUAUGUUGAUUACAACAAAACCGGUGCACAAUUUGAUUGGUUGAAAAAAGAUCUGCAAAAUGUAGACCGUAGUGUAACCCCUUGGCUAGUUGCUACAAUGCAUCCUCCUUGGUAUAACAGCUAUGCUUCACAUUAUCAAGAAUUUGAGUGCAUGAGAUUGGAAAUGGAAGCACUUCUCUAUCAAUACAGAGUUGACAUUAUUUUCAAUGGUCAUGUUCAUGCUUAUGAGAGGAUGAAUAGAGUUUAUAAUUACACAUUGGAUCCUUGUGGACCUAUUUACAUAACUGUUGGAGAUGGUGGAAAUAUUGAGAAAGUAGAUGUUGAUCAUGCAGAUGAACCUGGAAAGUGUCCUUCAUCUGGAGAUAACAUACCGGAAUUUGGAGGUGUUUGUCAUUCAAAUUUUACCUUUGGUCCGGCUAAAGGUAACUUCUGUUGGAAGAAACAACCUGAGUGGAGUGCAUUUAGAGAAAGUAGUUUUGGACACGGAAUACUCGAGGUUGUGAAUUCUACAUAUGCAUUAUGGACAUGGCACCGAAAUCAAGAUAGUUACAAAGAAAAUGCAGUUGGUGAUCAAAUAUACAUAGUGCGGCAGCCUGAAUUGUGCUUCAAAGAUUCAAAAUUACAGGACUCACAACAAUCACUUCCACACUCUGCUGCUUCUAGUCACCUCUCUCAAGAUUUAUCUAUCAUCAUAUCACAGUUAAUCAUUGGAGUUCUCUUAAUUUAUGGUCUCUAUUCUCAUGUAAAUCAGAUUAGAUUUAAGGAUUAAUGCAUAAAAUCAAAUAAAUUUCUCUUAUUAAAGAGUUUGUUUGUACUUGUCAUCCUUUGUUGAGGCAUUAAAUUGUGUAAAUUCAUUACAAAAUUGUAUACAUGGCUCUUCUUUAAUUUA